AGUUUGACACGAAGAAACCGGUUCAUCAAGUUCAUCCGCUGUUCAUUCAAAAGCAAAAUCUACCAUCUCCACGCUCGAAAUGUCUGACGCCCCUGCCGCCCCCGUCACCGAAAACGGCGUGCCUCCGGUUGCGCAGGAUCAGGUUGAAGAGGCCCCUGGCUUCAAGGUCUUCGCCGGCAACCUUGCGUACUCUACCACGGAUGAAGGGCUGAAGGCGUUCUUUGCGCCAGUCGAGAGCGACAUCAUCUCCGCUCAGGUCAUCAUGCGAGGGAAUAGGUCAGCGGGCUACGGCUUCGUUGCACUCACCAGCGCAGAGGCCGCGCAGAAGGCGGUAGAGGCUCUCGACAAGCAAGAGCUCGAUGGUCGCCCGAUCAUCGUCGAAGUUGCCAAACCGGCCGAAGAGAAAGAUAAAGAAAGAAAGGAAAAGAAGCCUCGCGCCCGACGCCCUGGCAGGCGCGGGGCCAAGGCUGUCACUGGUGAGGUCACUGAGGCUGAAGCCAACGGGGAGACCAAUGAGGCCGAAGCUGGCAAGGCAGACGACGCAACUGCCACUGGCGAUGCCGAUAAACCUAAGAAAAAAAAGAAAAAGACCACUAAGAAGCCCAGGAGCUCUGCCGAGGGUGAGGCGACCGACGCCGCGGCGACAGAGGGUGAAGCUAAACCGCCUCGCAAGAAGAGGGUCCCUCGUCCUCCUCGCCCUGCUGGGGAGCAGCCCGUUGGCGAUCUAUCCAAGACGGUGCUCUUCGUUGCGAACCUGGGAUUCAACAUCGAUGAUGCUGGCCUUGCCGCCUUGUUCACUGACGUUGGCAUCAAGGUCAACAGUGCUCGCAUUGUCCGUCGCCGCUGGGGAAAACCGAGAAAGUCAAAGGGUUACGGUUUUGUUGAUGUCGGUGACGAAGAGGAGCAGACCAAAGCCAUCGCUGCUCUCGAGGGCAAGGAAGUUGGCGGAAGACAGAUUGCUGUCAAGAUUGCGGUAGAUGCCCAGACCAACGAGGAGAAGGAGGAGGGCAGUGCUGACCCGGUCAUCGAAUCUGCUGCCGAGCAGGCCGACGAGGAGGCUACCCCCGAGGCGACCAUUGUCGCCUCGUAAUUAUUAGCCCAUUCAUAACAAUAACCACUGUUCCGUCACAAUUUAUGAUGCCCACUCGCAGAUACACCUUUUCGUCUUUUCAUACGGACGAUGUUUCACUUCUUCGCUCUGAUGUGAUCGUCGUUCAGUUGCGGUAGCACGUAUUGUAAAUUUGUAUGUUUUCGUUCGUGCUCUGAUGCCUUCAUUUUCUGCCUGGUAUCAAGUUGUGUAGAUCUUUCCGCAACAAAGAUGCUUCUGCUUUCUCCCGGUC